AUGGCCACCAACAUCACCUUCCACGCCUCCGCCCUGACCCGCGACGAGCGCAGCUCCCAGCUCAACCAGCGCGGGCUGACCAUCUGGCUGACGGGCCUAUCCGCCUCCGGCAAGUCGACGCUGGCCGUCGAGCUCGAGCACCAGCUACUGCGCGACCGCGGCGUGCACGCCUACCGAUUGGAUGGCGACAACAUCCGGUUCGGCCUGAACAAGGACCUGGGCUUCAGCGAGGCCGACCGCACGGAGAACAUCCGGCGCAUUGCGGAGGUGGCCAAGCUGUUCGCCGACAGCGCUUCCAUCGCCAUCACCUCGUUCAUCUCGCCCUACCGUGCCGACCGCGACCAGGCCCGCGCGCUGCACGAGGUACCCACCCCCGGCGAGGCGACCGGUCUGCCCUUCGUGGAGGUCUACGUUGAUGUCCCCGUGGAGGUUGCUGAGCAGCGUGAUCCCAAGGGUCUCUACAAGAAGGCCCGUGAGGGUGUCAUCAAGGAGUUCACUGGUAUCUCGGCUCCCUAUGAGGCCCCUGCCAACCCCGAGAUUCACAUUAAGAACCAUGAGCUUCCGGUUAUGGAUGCCGUGAAGCAGAUCAUUGAUUACCUGGACCAGAAGGGUUACCUGCCUCCCAAGAAGGCCUAA